AUGAUCCCCGCAUUGACAACCUUCACCAUGACCUCGACGACGACACUGGCUCUCAGAGAAAAGCUUAACGAAGACGGAUUCGUUAUCGUUCCCGGGCUGGUCACGCCAUCCAACUUCUCGCAUUUGAAAGCAGCCUGUUCAGAUGUAGUCCGGCGCACAAGAGAAGGAUCUUGGUCUCAUCGACGGACAGUCGGGAAACAAUUUCCACCUUAUGGCGAUGCAAAUCCAGACUCUUGGGGAGUUCAGCACGUCAUGCACCCCGAGCUGGGGCAGUCAAGCUCAAUAUUCGCUGGCUGGUAUACCUCCCAAGAGGUUGUCGAUGCCGUCCAAAUGUUGUUGGGUUGCGAAGAGCAGGAUCUGCAGAUGGAACUAUUCAACCUUCUGAUCAACCCGCUCGAGCACGACUUUGCUCUGCGCUGGCAUCGGGAUGAUAUUCCCGACAAUGCUACACCUGAAGAGGAGAAGUACGCGCUCGACGCAUGGAAAGCCUAUGGAAUUCAAUGGAACACUGCCCUAUACGUGGACUCUUGUCUUUUUGUCGUCCCAGGCUCGCACAAGAUACCACGAACCCCAGAGCAACGGAGACUAUCAUGCGUAAUGGAUGCGCCGACCAAUCCUCUCGACAUGCCUGGCGCAGUUCGUUUGACGCUCCAACCCGGGGAAAGUGUCUUUUACAAUUCCAACAUCCUUCAUUGCGCCGCCUAUUCCUCCGCGUCAACCCGUGCGACGCUGCAUGCCACAAUGGGUACAACGGCCGGCGGUGCUCUCCGCGCACGCAACAUUCUCCAACAUGGACUUGGGUGGAUGAAAGAACGCAGGUUUGCUGAAACGUUGGAUGACAGAGGGAAAGAAAUGCUCGGAAGACUACUGAAAUUGUACGAUUCUGUUCCUGUUGACGAGGUAGGCUACUCGCUUUCUGGUUGA